CGUUUUUGCAUUUUCAAGUCCCUUGCCGGUGCAUUUGUUUCAUUAGCAACUAUAACAUCCCAGAGUUAUUUCUGGCACAGAUCAUUGAUGCAAAAGUUCACCUGCCUUUCCUGCCGGCAAGUUCUCCGAUCUCGUCUUCGUCAACGUCUCUCCCAGCUGCAGGAUGGGCGGAGAAGAUUCCACGCCUUCUCACCUCUUUUGAAUGGACAACCACGAUCUGCCGAAUCGUGGUACUGGGAGACCAAACCCCCUACACUGCAAGAGCUAGCUGCUGCUGAGUACUUUUUCAAACACAACAGACCGUUUCGUCAAUGGGCUGGCGAGGGCUGGCGCCAACAAGGCGGCCAACCCGGUAGUCUUCUCGUCCCCGAGGUCAUUUUCCUCGGCCGAUCCAAUGUCGGUAAAUCAUCUCUGAUCAAUGCGCUCGCUGGCGAGGAUCUCAACCGCUCCAGUUCGACUCCAGGCGCGACUACUAUCAUGGCAGCCUGGGCCUUCGCAGCAAAGAAGCCAAGCGGUGGCGCCGUCCCGGGGUGGGAUGGAGAUGUCUCAUCGAAGCUAUCCCUCGUUGACAUGCCAGGAUACGGUUUCGGCAGCAGAUCCCAAUGGAGCGAAGCUAUCAUGUCGUAUCUGGUCAAGAGGAAGAAUAUCCGCAGAGCUUUUGUGCUGCUGGACGCUAUACACGGUGUGGGUGCCGGCGACCGUCAUAUGAUCGAAGUACUUCGAGGGCUUGCAAUACCAUAUCAAAUCAUUGCCACGAAAUGCGACCGUCUGCUCCUUCAUAAAGGCUCUCAAAGUGAGGUCCGACAGGCACUGACCAGCCUUCGCUCCCAAGUACAAUUAGAUACACAGAAAGAGCAGGAGCUGGGCCUCGGCGAAAUCAUCAGUGUCGGAAAUCUGCACGCCGCAGCACUAAGAGGCAAGCCGCCACCCAAAACAAAGGACAUCCCUUUCGGCUUGCAGAACUUACAAUGGGCAAUCCUUCGAGCCGCAGGAUUGGACAGCUACGUUGUUCAGAAAGCGCAGGCUCACGGCGUGCUCAAGAACAUCCCCGCCAAAGAACAGCCCAGCUUGAACAUCGGGGAAUCAACAAUACGCGAUAUGGCUGGCCCACGUACUCCAGAGGCCGAGGCUCAAGUGAUGGACAGGAAUCAAGAAACUGUGAAGGAGACCUCGCCGACCAGAGCUGAAGAAGUGAGGAACUCGUCUACUCUGUCCCUUCCCGAGCUCUCGGUGGCAGAUUUCAUUCGCGAAAUUAUGAACGCAAAAUCAGCACCAUCGUCAUCGUCAUCGCCUCAAAUUGCAAAAUCACUCGCACCUAGACUUAACUCGGCACGUACCUCGCCCAAGCCCGACGAAGAUUUCCUGCACGAGCCUGUCUUCCGCCUCGACAGCCAGAGUGCCACGCGAAGCCCAACAGCUCGCGCAUCAAGACUCCGAUCUGCUCGUGAUGCGGCUACAUCUGACGACAACAUCAAACCCUCGCACAAGCCGACCGCCCACUCUCGGGAAGCCGAUUCUCCAAGAAUCAGAUUGACUCCUGUUCGGGAUUCACGGACAGCUUCUCAAAACGUCGUGCCAGGCACUAAACCCUCGGAGACCCGAGCAUCCCCAUCGAAGACAUUACCUGCAGGCAAAGGCGUGGUCCGCGGCGUCGACGCUUUCGAAGCGUUGAUGGCGUCUCACAAGCCACAAAAACAAUCUCAAUCCAAGUCCAAGGUCCCGUCCAGGAAACAAGGGCAGCGGAAUGGAAAGCAAGCUCGAUCUAUGUCCGGAGGAGAGCAAGCAAAGACCACUCAACCUGCAUUGACAGGCAAGGGUGUGCUUAGGGGCAUGGAUGCAUUUGAAGCGAUGGCUGCGGGCGACACCCAGAAGAAUUCGUCCAAACGCAGCCGCAAAGGAGUUCUAGACGAAUACCAUCGUAUUUGCCAGACCGGUCUCUAGCACAGCAUUGGGCACUUAUCUACUGAAACAUACACAAUAGUAUCUACAUGCCGUGUGGUCUUAAGAGAUGAAGAGCACAUGUAGCACCAGACAGUCCGGCACGGCACGGCACAGCAUAGCAUAGCCAGUCCAACCGCGCGCUCAGCGUUCAAGAGCCAGCUCAAGCUCAAGCUCCAUCGUGUCAGC